AUGAAUAAUCAAUCCUUGGCCUCAUCCUUCAAUGCUAGAGAAGGCUCUGAGGUGGAAAUUGUUGCGAAAGAUGAUAUUGGUACUGGAAGUGCUGCGAAAGAUGCUGAAAUUGCUCCUAUUGUCUCAGAGACUCACAUCUCCGACAUGGAUUCUGAUGACCUAGAUAAUGUUCCACUGGCUAGACUGAUGAAGAAGAAUUUGGUUCCUGAUGUUGCGGCUGAAAAAUCUACUCAUCCUAUUGUAUCAGUUCAUUCUCAGGAAAGAUCAUCUUCUGAAGGUGUGUUUGUUAUUACUCCUGACCUUCAUUUUCAGGCACAUGCUUCCAAUGUUGAGCAUGGUCCAUCACAUCACUCUUCACCAAUUAGGUCAUCUGUUCUAGACAAUGUUCCUACAUCUAAUACGAAUGUUGAACCUGUACUUGCUCCUGCUGCUGAAUCUCUUUCGUCCGAAGGAAGGACUGAUGUUAACACUGAUGAAUCCCCCACUAAUGAUGAAGACGUUGUUGAACUUGUCAACACUGGCGUCCACAAUGAUGACAUUCCUGUUAAUGAAAAUGCUGCACCAAAUGUUCAUAAUGAUUCUCAACCUGAGACUCAUCCAUCCCCUAAACUAUCCAGUCCAACCACGAAGAAAUUUCAGCAGAACCGGCGUAACAUUACCACCAAGCGAAGAAUAGCUGAUGAGGUAAAUGUCUCGGAUAAAUAUCAUUCUUGCUUAAGUGUCAUGAGUCUUAUUGAGAAGGCUGGUUUAUCCAAGACUAUAUCAGAUAUUGGACCAUUAUAUUCUCAGUUAAUUAGAGAAUUUAUAGUAAAUUUGCCAGCUGAUUUUAAUGAUCCAAGUCAUAUUGUUGCAAAUGAAUGUUCUCGGUCUACUCCGUCGAAUGAAGUUUUUGCAUCCAUUUUAUCUCAAGGGACGUUAUCUUCAUGGCUUGUUAAUGUUAUUCCUGUGGUUGCUUUGAGUGUUAAAUAUGCUAUAUUGCAUAAAAUUGGCAUUGCAAAUUGGUUUCCAUCUUCCUAUGCCUCCAGUGUGUCUGUUACCUUAGGGACUUUCUUGUAUCAAAUUUGUAACGACGACAAUGUAGACACAAACACUUUUAUAUAUAAUCAGCUUCUAAGGCAUGUAGGAUUGUUUGGGGUUAAAAUUCCUAUUGCUUUGCCACGAUUCUUCUCUGGUCUACUACUUCAUUUGAAUGCUGCUAUGUUAACAGCAUCUGAUGCCCCUAGACCUGACCCCAAGACCUUAUGUCUGAGCUACAGACUUUUUCAGGGUAGUCAUAUGCCAAAUAUAGAUCAUGAUAUGCAUCUUUCACGAGGUCCGCGCAUGUUCGACACAGCUGAUUGGGAUGAGAAUGUUGAUGGGUUCUUUGUUGAUCGAGAGUUAGCUUCCAAAAUUGUGCAUUCUCUUACAGUUGAGUCUCGAGCUCUCUCUACUUCCAUUAAUUUGUUAUCGAAACGUCGGUUGGAAGUUGAUUCACUCAUUCAUCAUUUGAAAUCAUUGGUUCCUUCUACUAGUAUGGGUGAUUAA